ACGACCAUGGAGCAGCAACAAAAAAUUAAGCUUGGCGACUAUAUAGUUAUACAAAGACAGAAGUAUACUAAAUUACAAAAAUUCGGAAAUUUAGAUGCAACUGCGGCACUGGGAAAAGAACAACUGGAACUUAAAGGUUUGUUGGAUCAACCAUAUGGAGCCACAUUUAGAAUGUGCCCUAAAGAAGACUUGGGCAAAAGCCAUCGUGGUCGCCAGCGUCUACACACUUUGGAACUGUGCAAUGAACUUGAAAUGAGAAAUAUUCGUGAAGUAUUGGGGAUAUCACAAAGUGGCGAAGACAAUCGCAACAUUAAGGAUGAUGGAGGAUCGCAAGCUCUGAAAUCAGAGGAUAUAGAACAGUUGCGAGAUGAAUGUAAGGAGAGUACCAAAAUCAUAGAGAAGAUUGUGGAAAAUUCAAAGACUUUUCACUCGAAAACGGAGUAUUCUCAAGAAAAGUAUUUGAAGAAGAAAGAGAAAAAAUAUUUCGAGUUUGUGCAGAUCAGACAGCCCACAAUUCGACUCAUCACGGAAAUCUAUUACAGACAAGAUGCUGAAAAAGUUAUGGGUAUGCGAGUUGAUACAUUAUCACAAAUUAUUUCUUAUUCUGGAGUUUCGGCAUUUGGAAAUUAUUUGAUGUACGAAAGUGGAUCUAAUGGUUUACUACCAGCUGCUUUCCUGAAUUCCAUAGGUGCUAAUACUGAAGCCACAAUGGUACAUAUGCACCCGGGAAAUGUACCUCAAAAACAAGCCGUACUAGCACUCAACUUACCAGACGAACAAACAAAUAGAUGUAUAUCUGUUAAUAUUUACUCUGUCCUGAGAGAAUUCUAUCAAGGAUCAGAAGAGACUACGAAUGAAGCAGAGGUUACAGAACCCAGCUCUAAAAAGCAAAAAUUAAAUGAAAUGGACGAUAAUGGUACUGACGAGACUAGGGAUGAGAAACAAUCCGAAGCAUCAGCUAAACCAACAAUUCAGAAGUGGCAAAUUGAAAAUCGCAAAGCUGUUGAUUUAAUGCGCAACAAAUUUGACUCCCUAGUUAUAGCCUCUAAGGAGCAUCCCGCCAACUUGGUUAAGGAACUAUUACCGUUCGUGAAGCCAUCACGGCCGGUGGUUAUUUUCAGCUUAAGCAAGGAAGUAUUAAUGGAAUUGUAUGUCGAGUUGAAGACUUCUUCGAAGGUAACCAACUUGCAUUUGACUUCUAAUUGGUUACGCAUGUAUCAAAUUCUACCAAAUCGCACACAUCCUGAAGUUAAUAUGAAUGCAAAUAGCGGCUAUUUAUUGACCGGUUAUACGCUUGGCUAAAUGAAUAAAAAA